AUGCAUUUUAACAGGUUCGCCGCCAGCUUGCUGGCCACGGCGGCGGCCUUUACGUCUACAAUGGCAUCACCAAUGUUCGGCGCUCGCUCUCCUGCCGUAAAGAGAGCCUCUUCUCCACUAAGCCUGGCUGUGUACUGGGGACAAGGACCCAACCAGAAACGCUUGGCCGAGUUCUGCGCGGAUACGACCAUGGACAUCAUCCCCAUUGGUUUCGUGAAUGUCUUCCCAGAUCAAACCGCCGGUCCGGGAACAAAUUAUGGCAAUGCUUGUGGCGGUGUUACCUGGAAGGCGCCCGAUGGCACCCAGACGAGUGUCUAUACAACAUGUGACGAGAUCGCGACCGACAUCGCUGUCUGCCAAGGUAUAGGCAAAAAGAUCUUUGCCUCGAUCGGAGGUGAAGCCAGUGGAAACUUCAUCGCCACGUCACAGUCCGCCACAGACUUUGCCGACUUCCUUUGGGGUUCGUUCGGUCCUCUCCAGGACCCGACCAUGGUGCAAUAUCCCCGACCGUUUGGUCUCAACACCGUGGUGGAUGGUUUCGACUUGGAUAUUGAGUCGGGAAGUGAUUUCGGAUAUGCCGACCUGGUGAACGAGCUGCGAACCAGGUUCGCCGAGGCCCCUGACCAGCAGUUCUACAUCUCGGCCGCACCACAGUGUGUUGUGCCUGAUGCUCAUCUUGACGACGCCAUCAAGAGCUCCUCGAUCGACUAUCUCUUUAUCCAAUACUACAACACCGACUCCUGCUCGGCAGCAUCGUUGUUCAGCUCAGGUUCUCUCGACACCAGCGCCGACAUCACCUUCGGUUGGGCACAGUGGCUCAAGGACAACUCGCAUAAUCAUGACAUCAAGAUAUUCUUGGGUCUACCGGCGUCAAAGACCGCCGCCAAUCCCAACCACUACUUGGACCUGGACCAGGCGCAAGCACUGAUUGAGGCAUAUGCCUGCUCGGGCUCGUAUGACUCUAUCUUCGCCGGUGUGAUGCUUUGGGAGGCCACCUACUCGGACAACAACCAGAUCAACGGAGAGAGCUAUGCCGCCAAUAUCAAGGACAUCUUUGGCAAGCUUUCCUGCGCAACGCCGCCGACCACGUCCACCACCUCCUCGACCACUACCACAACAACGACAACGCGCUCGACAACCACGACGACGACCACAACUACGACCACUACUACAACUACUACUACCACGACGACUUCGACAAUCCCAACAACAACACCCACCACCACUACCACCACAACGACAACGACAACAACGACGAUUCCGGCUGUUCCGACUUCGUCUUCGACGACCAGCGUGCCUGUUCCCGCAUCGACGUCGUCUUCCACAACCAGCGCGCCUGUUCCCACAUCGACCUCGUCUUCAACAAGCAGUGCCCCCGAGUUCCCGGCCACAACGACACCAAGCACGACGUCGGCAGCUCCUGCUCCAACCACGACCUCGACGACGACUUCCAGCCAAGGUCCUGGCCCUGUUGGUGGGACCACAACCUCGACCACCAGCUCGACCACAACGACCUACAGCCACCCUGUUGGCCCUAUUGGCGGAACGACUUCUUCGAGCAGCACGACAACUACCUCUAGCCAGACACCCAGUCCCGUCGGUGGAACCAGCGUGCCUCCUAGCUCUAGCACCACAUCGCCGGCAGCAACCACCAGCCCUUACAGCUAUUCCCACGGCCACGGUUCCUCGUCCACUUCCUCGGUCUAUGUCAGCCCUGCAACAACUUCCAGCUCAUCUGGAGCCUAUUCGACCGGCUGGCAGUGGGGAGACUGGACUUCGGCCGGCAGCAGCAGCAGCCCCGUUGCUGCCGCGACAACCAAGACCUCGACGACAAGUGGGUAUGCCGGCUGGGAAGACUGGUCGGUCACGACGAGCACAACCUCCAGCCCGGCUGGCGAGUACACUGUGACCGUCUGGACCACGGAAUACACCGACAUCGGUCCCAAUGGCUUCACCAAGCAUCCGUUCCACUGGACCACCUCGGUCCCGGUUGCGGCGGCCACGACCACGGCACCGUUCGCGUGGCCCACUCAAGGCAAUGGAUGCCCCUUUGGAUUCACCACCACCGUGACUGUCUGCUCCGUGUGCGCUCCCACCGUAACGACGGUGACGUUGACAGUUCCCGUUCCCACUGCGACUGGCAUCAUGACCCAGACUGUCGUGCCUGUCCCGCCCACCGGUGCAGCGGCAGCGCCCUUGCACCCGUCCGGCACGGCUGAGACUUCCGUCGCAGCGGCUUCUGUCUCCUCAAGCUGGCCCAGUGGCGCAGCCAACACGGCAACGCCUGUCGCAGCUGCAUCUACCUCGCCAGGAAGCAACAGCGGAUGGCUCGCACCAUCUCCGUCGUCCGCAUCCUCCACCCCGGUGGCCCCUAUCAACGUGACGCCCUUCACGGGGGGUGCCGCCGCUCAGAGCCAGCUUCCUGGCACCAUGCUGAGCGUAGCCAUGUGUGCGGCUGUUGCUGUUUUUGGACUGUUCUUGUAA